UCUAACUACUUGUACUUGAAUGUCAUUGAGCCAAGUAACAAAAAUGAGGUCCACCUCCACCAUAGCAAUUGCUCUUGUGGCUUUGUUGUUUAUUGACGUUUUCUUUGUCUGGGGGGACGUUGGCACGGCUACGUCUUAUGAUCCUCCAUACUUGCCAACCAAAUGCAGUGGAUAUGACCAAAAUCAGUUUCCUGAAGGUGGUUUAUUUGUUGCUGCGAGCAAUGGGAUAUGGGACAAUGGGGCUGCCUGUGGGCGGAGGUAUCGCAUCAGGUGUAUCAGUGGACUGAGACGACCAUGCAAGGAUGGAUCAAUAGUAGUGCAGGUUGUGGACGUCUGUCGGAGCAAUCCAUGUCCAGCUACUCUAGUCCUCUCAAAUACAGCUUUUGGUGCCAUCUCAAGGAUCCCUACUGCCAAAAUCAACGUAGAAUAUGCCCAGAUUUGAAAUGGUGGAAGCUUCUCAAAAUAUUUUCAGAGGAAUGUUCAGUGAUGCUUAGUGCUGUAUAAUGGUUUUAAGAGCUUAUUAAUAUGAAAACCAAGAGUAGUUUUGUUCUAUGCUUGCGCGGUGUUGGAACAAUAUACCCUCAAA